CCCCACCUUCUCCGUCUCCCACGAUGGAUGCCACCAGGGCUUGGCAGCCUCCGCCCUGCCUUUCUCAGACCAGCUCUGGCUGUGGUUACACGUUCUCUGGGCCUUCCGUAACGCAAAGAUGCCGCCCAAGUUCGAUCCCACCGAAAUUAAAGUUGUGAAGCUGCGAGCUGUGGGAGGCGAGGUGGGCGCCACAUCCUCCCUGGCCCCCAAGGUGGGUCCCUUAGGGCUCUCCCCCAAGAAAGUUGGUGAAGACAUCUGCAAGGCCACCACAGCCUGGAAGGGCCUCAAGGUGACAGUGCAGCUCACUAUCCAGAACCGCCAGGCGCAGGUAGAGGUGGUGCCCUCGGCUGCAGCUCUUCUCAUCCGUGCCCUCAAGGAACCACCCAGAGACAGAAAGAAGGUUAAGCAUGUUAAACAUAAUGGGAAUAUCAGUCUGGAGGAAGUGAUCAACACUGCUCGCAUCAUGAGGCCCCGCUCCCAAGCCAGGACUCUAUGUGGCACCAUAAAGGAAAUCCUGGGCACGGCCAGAAGCAUUGGUUGCACCAUAGAUGGCCAGACACCAGAAGAAAUACAUGCUGCCAUUGACAACAAGGAGGUGGAGGUGCCUGAAGAGUAAGCUAUGCUACAUUGGACUACAUUACAGGUAAUCUUGCUCUUGGGCUGGGUUCUAUGGGGGAAACUAGUUUUUCAAGUACAGCAUAUUUCUAUUCUCGUCUUCGUGGGACACACACACCGGACAGCAUGUAAUAUGGUUGGAGUUGGCAUCCCAUCCACCCAAAUGGGUUAUCAUGGAACCUCUGGCUGUAUAUAUUUGUAUUAUAUUUCUGUAGCAAGUGCAUUUUGCUUUCACUAUCCAAAAUGAUCACACAAGCUUUGAAUCAAAUGUAACACAUACAAGUGACAACAGUUUCAAGCUCAACAUGCCACAAUGUAGCGCUGAAAAUAGGAGAUGCUUUUUCAUCCAUAGGGUUAUAAACCCAUGGAACUGCUUACCCACUAAAGACAUAAAUGCCAAGACAUUAAUUAAGUUUAAAAACUCAGUUGGAGAAAGUCCUCAGAAACAAGGGGGAGGUUUACCUUUGACAAGCUGCCAGCUUCCUGUCCCCCCACUGAGACCUCUAAAGAUAGUGGCUCAUAAAGAAAAAUUUAGGAAUGUUGUUCCAUUGAACAGGUGUUGUCACAUGGUAAAUGGUUGGAAUGUGUUAUGUUCUGCCAUGUCAGAAGGUGACAUGGGAUAUACAGUACUUAUUACUAUAGAAAAUAUGAGCCUAGAACAGGGUUAACAUUCUUAUACAGGUCUCAGUUGUUGUCAUUUUGAAGCUAGAAAUGAAUCAAUUGUAUAUUUUGAAGUUUGGACACUUCUUAAACAUUACCCACAAAACAUUUACUCUUAAAACAUAAGAUAGAAUGUUAGCCUUAACCAUUUAUUAAGAGAUACUGUACCAAGAAUAAAACAGUAGUGUUGACACUUUGUUUAGGCUUAAAUAAUAAAUCUAUUUUGAAUCUCAUAAUUAUUAGCCAAGACUCUUCAUACAGUUAUUGGUUUGUGUACAACAUAAUUUAGCGUGCUAGGAAGGUUCCAUUUUUGCCACCGGGGAGAAAACCUCGAAAACAAAUCACAGAACUCCUCCACUCUAGGUCUCUUAAGGCCAAGGUUUCUCAUGUCAAAUUUACUUACACCUAUAUUUUUGUUACUUUCAGGGACUCUAAUAAUAAAGAAGAGUUUAUCAGUGUU